ACGUGUCCCCGCGUUUCUCAUCCGUGUGUGUCUCACAUGCACAAUCCUUACACACACUGCAGCCACCCACACAAAUAAAGGCAUGCAGCGAACCCCCCCCCCUCACCGACCCACUCUUGCAUUGGCCGCACCCCAAGGCAAAGAAUGCAUUGCGUCCAUCCAUCAUGGUGUGUACCCAUCAGCCCUCCCUCUGCAUAUAUGGGGGGCGAAAACUGUGUCGGCCUCUGUCUGUCUGCUCUGUCUGCUCUCUGCACUUGGAGGCCUCCGAGGCACGGAUCCUCGAGACGUCACGUUGUCGUGCGUCCAAGGAGUCGUUCCUCAGAGACAUAGCAGUGCAGAACAGCAGAUCGCGGAUGGCACGUUCUCCACAAGAGAGCACAGAUAAAAGGAUAGAGAGCAUGGCGGCGAAUUCCCAUCUGUACAUUCGCCCUCCCUCCUCGUUGUCUCUAAUCUGGCCAUCAAGCAAACUAGCCGCCCUCUUGCUGCUGCAGCUGCUGCUGUGCUGUCCGUGUGGGUGCUUCUUCGUCUGGCGGCUGCUGCUGCUGCUGCUGCUGGGUGGUGGCAAAGAAGGGCGACUGGUCGAUGCUCUUGCCCUUGGUCUCCAGCACAUACAUGUAAGUGAACACACACGCAAACAGACACAAACCUGCACACAACCACACACACAGAGGGAGGGAGGGAGGGAGGGAGGGAGAGAGGGAGGGAGAAAGGACACGUCACCCGACCCCCAGUGAGCCUCCCUGUCUGUGUGUGCAAUACCUACCGGCGAAAAGCGAGUAUGCGAUACUGUUGGGCAUGUACUUCUGGAGAAAGACCACAAUCAGGGUGGAUGUCCAGUUCAUGGCGCUCGCCAAAGCCACUGCCGUCCCGCGGAUCUCCACAGGGUAGAUCUCAUUCAGAUAGACCCACAAGACCGGCCCGUACGCAACCGCGAAGAAAAACACGAAGCCCAGCACGCUCAUCACCGACAGAUACACCACCGCCUUGCUCUCCGGCCCGCCCACCAUGUAGGCUAUGCUCGUGGGCAGCAACGACAGGCCCUGCCCAGCCGUGCCGAUCAGCAACAGGCCCCUGCGACCGAGCGCACUGUCGAUUGCCGAUGCGGCCCCGAUGGUGACCACGACGUUGAGAGUGGCCAUGGCUGUCGAGCAGAGUGUCGCGCUGCCCUGUGGGACGCCAGCCUUGAUGAAGACGUCAUUCGACGCGGCGAUGAAGGUGUUAAUGCCGCUCCACUGCUGCAACGCCGAGAGCACCGUGCCCACAAUGAUGGCGUGCCGGUGCUGGGGCGACAUGGCCAUGGCCGAGAGCAGCGACAUCUGCUUCGAUGACGCCUGGUUCGCCUCAUCCACCGCCCGAACAAUCUCGCUGAGUCGCCGCUCCACCUGCUCGGCGGCAGCAGAGUCGGCCGCGAGCAGCCGGCUGCCCUCGGUGGUUGUGUGUUGGGCGUCCACUGGAGUCUGCUGCGGGGGGUGGGGGGCGGGGCUGCUGGUGCGGCCGGCGGUGCUGAGAGAGGUGACGCGGCGCGACUCCGCUCUGCUCGGGGAGUCGUCAGCCGCGCCACCCCGCUUGCUCACAGACGACAGCACCAGACGCUCCAACACGUGACGGGCCUCGCCUGAACCACAGCCACGCACACAUAGGCAGAGAUGCACAUGCAGGUCACGUCAAGCCACAUUGCGUACCCUCUCUUUUCCGCGUGACGAGGAAGUGGGGCGUUUCGAAUGGGUACACGAGAGAGAAGGCGAUGAAGCUGAUUGCGGCCGGCACGCCGCCCAGCCCCAGGACGACGCGCCACCAGGUGUUCUCGAAGGGCGCCAGGGGCGGGGGCGACACCGUGAGUGAGGCCUGCGGGAGGCCCAGCGCAAUGGCAAACAGAAUGCCGAUCGUUAUCAUCAGCUGGUGCAUCGACCUGACACAGCCAACCAUGUGUCAAUGCAUGCAGCACUCAACAUACAUGGCCUUCAUCCCGCGCCCACACUUACCCAUAGAAGCCCCUGGACUCCUUCUCAGUGACCUCGGCUAUGUACAACGGCACCGCGACGGUCACCACACCGACGGACAGGCCCGUAAUGAUUCUCCCGAUCAGCAGGGACCAGAAAUCCACCGCCAGGGCGGACAGCAGGGCGCCGGCGAUGAAGGCAAGGUUGUUGUAAAGCAAUGUCCGCCGCCGCCCGAAGGACACCAGCUGGCCGCCGAUGAAACAACCCAGGGCUGGGAAGCAGUUGACAAGCAUUGACGGUGUGAUUUUGUUGUUGUGUUCAGCCGCCCACCUGCUCCCGCGAAGACCAUUGUGUUGAUAGAGGCCUGGUUGAAGCGAGAGGCGUCGCAAUCUGCACAACGGCGCACAAGGGAGCACUCAGAUCAUGGUCGGGACACCCAUGUGUUGCUGCCUUCUGCUCACUGAUUGUGACGUCGUCGCCACACCACCGGAGAGACAGCGAUACCUAAACACAUCGCAACACAAACAAUACAAACACAAACAAACGCGUCGAUGAGAUGCUGCCUGACUGCGCUUCCAUGGUUUCCCUUCCCUCACACACAUAUUCGAUGGUCGUGUUGAGAUUGGCGAUGCUGUACCCGAACAGGAAGCUGCCGAUCACGGCAGCGCAGACCAGCUGAGCUGAAUAAGGCGCUACACACAUGCCUGAGCACCAAACAGGGCAGAAACGCAGCGCAUGGCAACUCAUCUUUGACGGGCAAGUGCGUCAAAUGAGCAGUUUCUUGCAGAUCACCUUUCCGUUGGUCACGCUUUACCAUUCUCCCAUCGUGAAAGCGCCAGAGGAAAGCCGCAGCGAGGUGCGACCUGAAGUGGCUUUCUCCUGCAAGCUUGGCUCGC